AUGGCUGUACUGUGGGUUAUGGAUAAUCCAAUAGCUACAGCGGAUAAAGACAUAGGCCUAGAUGAUGACAGUAAGCCUAAGAUUGGUAUGCUAUUUAAUUCUGAGUAUGAGGCAUUUGAUUUCUAUAAUAGUUACGGAGGAAGACUGGGUUUUAGUGUCAGGAAAGAAUAUGCAAAUAAGAGCAAAAAAGAUAAGGCAACGAUAACUUCGAGAAGAUUUGUAUGUAAUAAACAAGGUAAGCGGCAAAAAGACAAGCGUACUAUUGGUAUAUCUAAUCCUCGAGCAGAAACGAGAUCUGAUUGUCCUGCUCGAAUGGGAAUUAAGAUUUUGGAAAAUAAGAAAUACCAAUGCUAUGAUUUUGUUGAAAAUCAUAAUCAUGAGCUUCAUCUACCAUCUACCACUCACAUGUUGCGGUCACAACGGAGAGUAAUACAGGCCUUUGAAAUUGACUUGGCCAAUGAUUCUGGAAUUAGACCUAAGGCCAUGGGUAAACGGGUGGGUGUGAGACAGAACCUUGGUUAUACACCAGUAGAUCAUUAUAAUUAUCUCCGAAGUAAACGUCAGCGUGACUUAUGGUAUGGUGAAGCGGGGAGUUUGUUACAGUAUUUUGGAAAACAAACCAGGCUUGAUCCCUCUUUUACCUAUGGGUUGCAGUUGGAUACAGAGGAGCAGAUAACAAAUAUUUUUUGGGCCGAUGCGAGAAUGUUAAUAGAUUAUGAACUAUUUGGUGAUGUUGUUACCUUUGAUACUACAUUUUGUACAAAUGAGGAGAAUAGGCCGCUUGGUAUUUUUUUUGGAUUUAACCAUCACAGAGGAGUCGUCAUAUUUGGGGCUGCACUUUUAUAUGAUGAGACGGUUGAAUCAUUCAAAUGGUUGUUUGAGGUUUUCUUGGAAAGUCAUGGUCAAAAGAAGCCUAUAACAUUUUUUACAAAUCAAGAUGCCGCAAUGGCAAAUGCAAUUUCGGAGGUGUUUCCUGGAACAUGGCAUGGUUUGUGCACUUGGCAUUUAAUGCAAAAUGGGAUUAAGUAUCUAGGUAACAUAAUGAAGGACGGAUCAAGCUUUCUAUCAGAUCUGAAAAAGUGUAUGUAUCAUUAUGAGGAGGAAGUACAAUUUGAGACUGCAUGGAAGCAGUUAAGGACUAAGUAUCAGGUUGCAAAUGGUUCAUGGUUAGAUCAUAUUUAUGGACUUAAGCAGAAGUGGGCCAGAUGUUAUAUGAAGAAUACAUUUACAGGAGGUAUGCAGAGUACACAACUGAGUAAAAGUAUAAAUGCUGACUUAAAGGAGUAUACAAAGUCUACUUUAGACAUUGUACAGUUUUUUAAGCACUUUGAAAGGGUUGUCAAUGAGAAGCGUGCUAAUGAAUUGAAGGCUGAGUUUGAGGCAAGAAAUAACCUUCCAAGAAACUCGUUUCCCCAUACACCCAUUAUGAUAAAGGCAGGAAAAGUCUAUACUCCUUUAAUCUUUGACCUAUUUCACGAGGAGUAUACAUGGGUUGGUUCUUGCUACAUAAAAUGGAGGAAUGAAAGUAAUAGCUUGCGUAAGUAUGGUGUUGGUAUUCUUGAUUUAGAGGUGGAAUAUGAAGUUGAGUGUGAUCCAUCCGAGUCUAUAGUUGAAUGUAGCUGUAGGAAAUUUGAGACAUUUGGCAUCUUAUGUCGUCAUGCUUUGAAAAUUUUGGACGUGUUAGAUAUCAAGCUUAUUCCUAAAACAUAUGUUUUGAGUAGAUGGACACGUGCAGCAAGAAGCAUGGCAGUGGAAGAUAGCAAGGGAAUACAAGUUGAGGAAGAUGUUAAUUUGGAUUCUACACAGCGUUAUAGAAUUCUGUGUCGUAAACUAGUAAAGAUUGCAUCACAAGCAUCCGAUUCAGUAGAGGGAUAUGCAUUGGUGAACAAUGUUGCUAGUAAUUUGUGUAAACAAUUAAACAAUCUUGUCAAUCAUGCUCCAACUCCAAAUCAAGGAUUGAUGACUUUCUUCAACAUCUUGAAAUACGGCAGCUUCUCCAUUUCCAUGAAUGCCGAACCCAUACUUGUAUGUAUGAAAACCAACUUCAAUGCUGGUUAUGUAACCAUGGAUGAUUUCUCCCGUGAUAAGGAUGUUUCUGGGUAA